AUGAGAGAAAUCGUUCACAUCCAGGCGGGACAAUGCGGAAAUCAAAUCGGAGCGAAGUUCUGGGAGGUGAUCUCCGAUGAGCAUGGAAUUGAUCCCAGCGGCGCGUAUCACGGCGAUUCGGUGCUGCAAUUGGAAAGGAUCAACGUGUACUACAACGAAGCCAUGGGGCAGAAGUACGUCCCGAGAGCGGUGCUCGUCGACCUCGAGCCGGGUACGAUGGACUCGGUGCGAGCCGGACCAUUCGGCGAACUUUUCCGACCUGAUAACUUCGUAUUCGGUCAGAGCGGAGCGGGGAAUAACUGGGCGAAGGGACACUACACCGAAGGAGCGGAGCUAGUGGACGCCGUAAUGGACGUCGUUAGGAGAGAAUCGGAGAAUUGCGACUGUCUACAAGGGUUCCAACUGACCCACUCGCUAGGAGGCGGUACCGGAUCGGGCAUGGGGACUUUACUCAUUUCCAAGAUCAGGGAAGAGUAUCCCGAUAGAAUCAUGAGCUCCUUCUCCGUUGUGCCAUCGCCCAAGGUCUCGGACACCGUCCUGGUCGAGAACACUGACGAGACCUUCUGUAUCGAUAACGAAGCCCUCUACGACAUCUGCUUCCGAACGCUGAAGCUCACGUCCCCCACCUACAGCGAUCUCAAUCAUCUCGUAUCGGCCACCAUGUCUGGAGUGACAACAUGCCUCCGUUUCCCUGGUCAGCUUAACGCCGAUUUAAGGAAGCUCGCCGUCAACAUGGUUCCCUUCCCUCGACUCCACUUCUUCAUGCCGGGCUUCGCGCCCUUGACCGCGCGCGGCUCGCAGCAAUAUCGCGCGCUCACCGUGCCGGAGCUCACUCAGCAGAUGUUCGAUUCAAAGAACAUGAUGACGGCUUGCGAUCCCCGACACGGUCGCUACCUCACCGUGGCUGCAAUCUUCAGGGGACGCAUGAGCAUGCGAGAGGUCGACGAGCAGAUGCUGGGAGUGCAGACCAAAAAUUCCUCGUAUUUCGUCGAAUGGAUUCCGAACAACGUGAAAAUAGCCGUCUGCGACAUUCCUCCGCGCGGCCUCAAAAUGUCGGGGACCUUCAUCGGGAACUCCACGGCGAUCCAGGAAAUUUUCAAGCGGAUCUCGGAGCAGUUCACCGCCAUGUUCCGUCGGAAGGCGUUCCUGCAUUGGUACACCGGUGAAGGAAUGGAUGAGAUGGAAUUCACUGAGGCAGAAUCCAACAUGAACGAUCUUGUGUCGGAGUAUCAACAAUAUCAGGAGGCCACUGCCGAAGAUGAAGAGGCCGAGUUCGCCGAAGGCGAAUACGAGGAAACGGCGCCGGGCGAUGGGACGGAUAUACCCGAAGAGCACUGA